AUGGCGAUACAUAGCGAUAUUAACAAUUUAUCUGGGAUAGCCACACAUUAUGUUCCAUCACAACGAUUGCCACUUUUGGAAAAUCGGCUAAGUGAGAUUGAAUGUGAUGACCAUGAAGUUAUAAACGCAGCAAUCGAAGAAUUUGUUGCUGAACAUAAUCAUGAUCAUUCUUAUGCUCUUGGUGGAAAUGUCAGAAAAUCGAUUGAUCGUGUUGAAGAUAUCUUAAAAGCUUUGGAGCAAGAAAACUCAAAUUGGUCUAGGGAAACAAUAAACACAAUUUUACAGAUGUCACCCACGAGUUUGAAAGUUACAUUGAAAGAAUUGCGUAAAGGAAAGAAUAUGGUCAUAACGGAUUGUUUUAAAAUGGAAUACAAACUUGCACAAAAAUUCUUGGAAAAGUCUGAUUUUGCGAGAGGUGUCAAGCACCUUCUUGUCGAUAAAAAAAAAACGCCUCCAAAAUGGGAUCCACCAUCUUUAGAGGAAGUUUUUGAUGUUGAUAUUGAUGAAUUCUAUUUUAAUCCCUCUGGCACACAAGAGCUUGAACUAUUGAACAUAC